AUGGGAAAUACAAAAGCCAAAGAGCUUUGCUUUGACCAUUUGUUUCAGACUUCAAUUUGGAAACCUCUUGUUACUUCUGAGCAAUUGAUUAACUCAGAGAAUUGUGCUGCAUUUACAUGCCACUGUGCUGUGUAUGUUGGGGAGGAGCAGAAGAAGAGAUUUGUAAUUCCUAUAUCAUUCUUGAGCCACCCUUUAUUUCAAAACUUGCUUAGUCAAGCUGAGGAAGAAUUUGGUUUCGAUCAUCCAAUGGGUGGUCUUACAAUACCUUGCAGAGAGGAUGUCUUCAUUAACCUUACUUCUCGUUUGAGGAACUGAAAUGGAAACUUUCUUUCACAAUUUUAUACUAAAGCAAGAUUCGGACAAUGUAAAAUUUAGGAGUUGGAGAAAACAGUAAUUGAUGUUAGAAUGAGGAUAUUGCCUCUGAGUAGGUAGAUUAGUGAAAUUAUAUAUACAAAGCCUGAUUGUUAUAAAAUGGGAAGAUAAUGAAUUAUUGAACCUUCUUCAAUUGAUGAUUCUAUUCAUUUAGCAUUGGUGUUUUUUCAAGUUUUCAUGGUUUUCUAACAUUCUGGAGCCAGAAUCAAGUGAUCAUUUCCAAACUAAGUGCAAUAGAAGAACUACAUAAUAGGAUAAAAUCUACAGUUCUU